AUGGCUCCUCCAACACCUUUUACACUCAAAGAUCCCGAACUCUUCAAAGAUCAAUCCUAUGUUGGGGGGAAAUGGGUAGAAGCCGCGUCUGGCGCUCGCUUUGAUAUCGUUGACCCUGGCUCAGGCAAAGUAUGGGCCAGCGCACCCGACAACAGCGAAGCCGACGUCGACAUGGCUGUGCGAGCUGCCAAUACAGCGUUCGAGAGCUACCGCAAAGAAAGCUCACGACAACGAGCGCGCUGGCUCCUGAAUUGGGACGCCCUGAUUCGAGAAAACAAGGAUGACAUCGCAACUAUUCUGACCUACGAGACAGGCAAACCUAUUGCCGAAGCUCACGGGGAAAUAGAUUACGCCUUGAGUUUCACCUGGUGGUUUGCUGGCGAGGCUGAACGAAUCUUCGGUACCGUCCAUCAGGCAUCGCAGAACGGCCGCCGUGUUUUCACCAUCAAACAACCCAUUGGCGUUGCCGUGGCCUUGGUUCCCUGGAACUUCCCCAUCGCCAUGAUCUUGCGCAAGGCUAGUGCUGCCCUCGCCGCUGGAUGUACAAUGGUCAUCAAACCGUCUCCGGAGACUCCCCUCUCCGUCUUGACUUUAGCCCAUCUGGCAACAAAGGCAGGCUUUCCUCCAGGAUGUUUGUCUGUCUUGACCACCAGCUUGGCCAAUACUCCCUCAUUGAGCGAGAAGCUUUGUCGUCAUCCCUUAGUGCACAAAAUCACUUUCACUGGCUCUACUCGAGUUGGGAAAUUGAUCGCUCGAAUCUGCGCCGACGGACUCAAAAAGGUGACCUUGGAGCUGGGAGGCAAUUGCCCAUACAUCAUCUUCGACGAUGCGAACCUGGAUCAAGCUCUCGAAGGGCUCCUCCUCCUGAAAUGGCGACAUGCAGGUCAAGCAUGUGUCUCGGCAAACCGAGUCUACGUGCAAUCAGGGGUAUACGAGAAAUUUGCAGAGAUGGUUCGAGAACGUACAAGCAAGAUCGUGGUCGGCCACGGUGCAGAAAAGGACACCACUAUGGGACCAGUCACCACACCUCAAAGCCUUGAGAAAGUCGCUGCCCAGGUUGAAGAUGCUGUCAGUCGAGGCGCCCGCGUCCUGCACGGUGGUCAACGCGUCGAUCGUCCUGGCUACUUCUUCCAGCCCACCAUCAUCGCCGAUGCCACAGACAAGAUGCGACUGAGUCAGGAAGAGACCUUUGGCCCAAUCUUGGCCAUGUACAAGUUUGAGACUGAGGCAGAAGUGGUCCGUAUGGCCAAUGAUACUAGCAUGGGGUUGGCCUCGUAUUUCUUCACAAAGAACGUCGACCGCACAUGGCGAUUGCUCGAGAAUCUCGAAGCUGGCAUGAUUGGAAUGAAUACUGGAAACCAAUCUGCGGGCGAAAGUCCUUUUGGUGGCAUCAAGGAAUCAGGCUACGGCAAGGAGUCUGGCAAGGAUGUGGCAGUGGCUGAAUAUGUCAUUACGAAGACUGGCACCCUGACUGUGGAUGAACACUUUUAG